AUGGACGCUAACCGGCCGGGCGCGUUUGUGCUGAGCAGCGCGCCGCUGGCCGCGCUGCACAACAUGGCUGAGAUGAAGACGUCGCUGUUCCCCUAUGCGCUGCAGGGCCCGGCCGGCUUCAAGGCGCCCGCCCUAGGCAGCCUUGGCGCGCAGUUGCCUCUAGGCACUCCGCACGGCAUCAGCGACAUCCUGGGACGGCCGGUGGGCGCAGCGGGUGGCGGCCUCCUGGGAGGCCUGCCCCGCCUCAACGGGCUCGCCUCGUCUGCAGGUGUCUACUUCGGGCCCGCGGCAGCCGUGGCACGGGGCUACCCCAAACCGCUGGCGGAAUUGCCUGGGCGCCCGCCCAUCUUCUGGCCGGGAGUGGUGCAGGGCUCUCCCUGGAGGGACCCGCGCCUGGCCGGCUCGGCCCAAGCCGGCGGGAUCCUGGACAAGGAUGGCAAGAAGAAACACUCGCGGCCGACUUUCUCGGGCCAGCAGAUCUUCGCGCUGGAGAAGACUUUCGAGCAGACCAAAUACCUGGCAGGCCCAGAGCGCGCGCGGCUUGCCUACUCUCUGGGAAUGACCGAGAGCCAGGUGAAGGUGUGGUUCCAGAAUCGGCGGACCAAGUGGCGCAAGCGGCACGCGGCGGAGAUGGCGUCGGCUAAAAAGAAGCAGGACUCGGAUGCCGAGAAGCUGAAGGUGGGUGGCUCAGACGUGGAGGACGAUGACGAGUACAACCGGCCCCUGGACCCCAACUCCGACGACGAGAAGAUCACGCGGCUUCUCAAAAAGCACAAACCCUCGAACUUGGCGCUGGUUAGCCCGUGCGGCGGCAGCGCGGGGGACGCCUUGUGAGGACGAGGCCAGGCCAGAGAACCCAGGAACCGGGGCGCGCGGCAUGCCCCGACGCCAGCCGCCC